AUGGAGAUACCCUUGUAUCCUUGCAAAGCCAAUGCUCCCUCUUUUGCCCGAUGUGAACCAACAAGAAGUAUUCUACCUACGCCAGGAGGGCGAGAUGCUCGACGAGCUGAGUUUUGCGGAGGUCAAGAGUCUGAUACUCGAACCGAGCGUAGUGACGGAGGAAAAUCAGAGCCUUCUCAUGUACCACCAGGGAGUGAUUGUUCCCGCUCACCUGCCUCAAGUCCAAGACGGUGCACAUCUCCCGAUGGUGCCGUGGUUGGUACUCAAUUGGCUGUUAAGGAAAGAGGGAGGAGUCGAGGAAGAAGAACGGGCAGUGCUCCAACAACUAGGUCCAUGGUUAGACCCCCAACCUUUCAUUCUACAGAAAAGACUCAGGUUCCGUCUGAAAUUCGAGACCAUCGAGUGGUCAUCUCUCAGCAACACCAAUGCAGUGGUGGAGAUGGACCUCAUGCCCAUGUUGAAACAAAUGUCACUCAUGCUCAAUUGGGACGGGGAAAAAGGCAAAAGACCCCAAAGAACUACAACUUUGAGAGUCAAGCCACUAAGGCAGCAGUGGAUGUGCCCCAUGACGGGGGAGAUGAGGAAACCCUUCAAAAGGAAUUGCUUGACACCCUGCUUCAUGAGGAAUGGUUGUGGUUAGCAAAAAGUCGAGUUGAGUGGUUGACCCAGGGGGAUAGGAAUACCGCGUUUUUCCACAGAAGUGUGCUUAUUAAGCGGCAACAAAGUGCCAUUCGAUGUUUAAAGGAUGCUUGUGGAAAUGUGGUCACCGAACACGAGGCACUACGAAAUCUAAUUCAAAGUUUUUACAUCAAUCUUUAUAACACCGAGAAAAUAGUGUCUCAGAGAUCCUCCCUCAGGUUUUCAGAUGAACAAGUUCACUUAGCCUACCCCCCGACUGAUAGCGAAAUUAAAACAGCGCUCUUUGCAAUGAAACCACUUAAGGCUCCUGGACCCGACGGUUUUCACCCUAUUUUCUUCCAAAAGGAAUGGCAUAUAGUUGGACCGGAAAUUUGUAAUAAUAUUCAAAAAUGGUUCAAAAAUGGAGACAUUCCAAAGGAUCUGGGACAAGCUCUCAUUUGUCUAAUCCCCAAGCAACCGAACCCGGAGAGUGUGAAACAAUUAAGACCAAUUAGCCUGUGCAACACUGUCUACAAACUUGUAACGAAAAUUUUGGUGAAUAGGAUGAAACCUUUAAUACCAUCGUGGGUCUCCAAAAACCAAAAUGGUUUCAUUCAGGGUAGGGGAACGGAUAUUAACCUUGUCGUAGCCUCUGAGGCCUCCUCUUCCAUUCUAAUCAAUGGUAGGAAAACUGAAGCUUUCCAGCAUUCUAGGGGCCUUCGCCAAGGUGACCCUAUGUCACCCUUUCUGUUCAAUAUUUGCCUAGAAUACCUAACAGGGAUGAUCAAUCAUGCAUGUAUGGACAAGACAUGGGCACCAUUUUGGGUGGGGAAAGAGAGGAUCCCCAUUUCUCAUCUUAUGUUCGCAGAUGACCUUCUCAUCUUUGGACGUGUAGAUAAUUCGACCUCGAACACCCUAAAGCAGAUUUUGAAUACCUUUUGUGAGCUUUCAGGGCAGAAAAUAAACGAGGAUAAAAGUAGGCUGGUUUUUUCCCCUAAUACUCCCUCUGCGGAUAGAACAGACUUCCAAGACACCAUUCAGGUUCGACAGAGUGAGAAUUUAGGGCUUUACCUAGGGUUGCCUCUCUCUCACAAGAGACCCAGUAGAGGUGAGGUUCAGUUUGUCGUUGAUAAGGUUAGGAGGAAAUUGGCAAUGUGGAAAGUUAACUUGUUGUCUAGAGCGGGGCGCCUUACUCUAAUAAAAACCUCCCUGAACACUGUGGCUUCAUAUUAUAUGCAAGUCACGCUUUUUCCUAAAAAAACCCUUAGGGAGCUUGAUAGAAUUUGUAAUGACUUUUUUUGGGGGGACUUGGAGGGAAAAAAGAAGCUGCAUCUGGUAGGACAAUCGCACACUUUUCUCCCUAAGCAUAUGGGGGGUUUGGGUAUUAGGAGUCAUAGCGACCUUAAUGAUAUACUUCUUGCUAAACUAGGUUGGAAAAUGACCCAAGGGGAGGAUAACUUAGCAAAAGAGUGUAUUACAUCGAAAUAUGUUAGAGCCAACUAUAUCCUUGCUUUUCGAAAAGGAUCUCAAGUGUGGAAAAACAUUGGGCGGGGAGCACCCAUCCUUGACCAUAGCACUAGGUGGAAAUUAGGGGAUGGUAGACUCAUCCGCGUAUGGGAAGAUGAUUGGUUGGGCAUAUGGCCCAUUAGAAAAUGGAUCCAGGGGCCGUUAGGAAGGGGGGAAGAAAAUCUUAGCGUAGCUGAGCUUAUCUCUAACAAUGAGUGGAACCUUCAUCCCAUCUCUAUAUGUUUACCAGAUUUCAUCAAGGAUCGAAUCACUUACUUAUCUCCACCUAAUAGUCACCUGAGUGACAAAAGCUUCUCAAACUUAAUUCACAAAGGAAAAUUUUCGAUGUCUCUUGCCUAUAACCAGGUUGUCGCCAAUCGUGCUUCAAGGGUUGGGGGUGAAUGGGUGUGGCGACUAAAUAUUCCUCCUAAAUUACAAAUUUUUGCAUGGCUCGUAUGGUGGGGUAGACUUCCUACUAGAGCCCUCUUACAACAUAGACAAAUUAUUCAUGAUAGCCUCUGUACUUGUUGCCACUUAGGAAAUGAGAGUGUGAUUCAUGUUCUAAGGGACUGUAUCAAGGCAUCCCAAGUCUGGGAGCUUGUUACGCCCCCGACAUCCUUCUGGACUGAGGCCCCAGGUGAGUGGUUCAGGGAGUGUGUCCGUAGCACAAUGUCCUUUGAAGGGGUUAGUUGGGAAACCUUGAUCCCAUUUGUAUGUUUUGAGAUAUGGAAGGGGCGGAAUGCUGCUGUCUUCGAAGAUAAGCAGCACCUUUCUCCACAAAUUACCUUAAAAAAAGCGCUAGCCCUAGCCCGAUCGUUCAUCGCUCAUCAGGAUAAACCCGUGAACUCCCCUUGCACUGUCUCAAAUUGUAGGUUGAAUAUUUCUCACCCAUGGGUCCAUGUGAAUGUAGAUGCUUCUUUUGUGGACAUUGAAACCAAAACAAGUCUUGCAUGCAUCAUUAGAGAUUACCAAGGAAUUUGGUGUCAAGGUUUUUAUUGUUUAUCCUAUGCUUCUAACCCAUUACAUGCAGAGUUAUUGGCUAUUCGUCAGGGGCUACAUAUGGCUAGUGAGGCCAAUUACACAUUCAUUGCUCUCCAUUCCGACUGCCAAGAAGCUGUACAAAUGGUCAAUAGUACGAAUGAGUUAUAUGAGGAUUUUUAUAGUGAUAUUAUUAUGGAUUGCAGGGAGCUGCGGCAUUACUUCCAAGAGAUGAGCAUCACUUUCGUUAAGAGGAAGAACAAUCAAGUAGCGGACGCUUUAUCACAUAAGUGUAGAAGUGGGGUGGACUCCCUUAAUGUAAUUAGGAACCUUCCCUUUCCUCCUAAUUAUUGUCUGGAUUUAUUAACUAUGGAUUGUAAGAGGCUUUUUGCCAUAACUGUUUAA